AUGAAAGACUCGAUGAGCAUACUCACCCAAACGCCCAGCGAGCCAAACGCAGCGCAUCCCCAGCUGCACCACCACCACCACCACCUCAGUACGCUGCAGCAGCAGCAGCACCACCACCAGCACCACCUCCACUACGGCGUGCAGCCAGCGGCGGUGGGUCACAGCAUCCAUAGCGCCAGCACCACCAUGUCCUCCGGCGGCAGCACCACCACCGCCUCGGGCAUCGGCAAGCCCAACCGCUCCCGCUUCAUGAUCAACGACAUUCUGGCGGGCAGUGCGGCGGCCGCUUUCUACAAGCAGCAACAGCAGCACCACCACCACCACCACCACCAGCAGUUGCACCACCACAACAACAACAACAACAGCAACCAUUCGGGCUCCAGCGGCGGCAGCAGUCCCGCUCACAGCAACAACAACAACAACAACAACAGCAUCAAUGGCGAUAACUGCGAGCCAGCCAAUGUGGCCGGCGCCGGUGUCCUGCCACCCGCCCUGCACCACCCACAGCCACAGCCGCAUCCGCCCACGCAUCCGCAUCAGCAUCCGCACACACAUCCGCAUGCGCUGAUGCAUCCGCACGGCAAGCUGGGCCACUUUCCACCCACCGCCGCCGGCGGCAAUGGGCUAAACGUGGCCCAAUAUGCGGCGGCCAUGCAACAGCACUAUGCCGCUGCUGCUGCCGCGGCUGCUGCGCGCAACAAUGCAGCUGCUGCUGCUGCAGCGGCCGCCGCUGCUGCUGCUGCUGCAGCUGCUGCUGGUGCUGCACCCGGCGACGGUGGGGUGGAUGGCGGGGUGGGGCUGGCGCCACCGGCGGGCGGCGAUCUGGACGACAGCAGCGAUUACCACGAGGAGAACGAGGACUGCGACAGCGGCAACAUGGACGAUCACAGCGUUUGUAGCAAUGGCGGCAAAGAUGACGAUGGCAACAGUGUCAAGAGCGGUUCCACCAGCGACAUGAGCGGUCUGAGCAAGAAGCAGCGCAAGGCGCGUACCGCCUUCACGGACCACCAGCUGCAGACGCUGGAGAAGUCCUUCGAGCGGCAGAAGUACCUCAGCGUGCAGGAGCGCCAGGAGCUGGCCCACAAGCUGGACUUGAGCGACUGCCAGGUGAAGACCUGGUACCAGAACCGCAGAACCAAAUGGAAGCGGCAAACAGCAGUGGGCCUGGAACUCCUCGCGGAGGCUGGCAACUUUGCGGCCUUCCAGCGCCUCUACGGCGGAUCGCCCUACCUGGGCGCCUGGCCAUACGCGGCCGCUGCCGGCGCCGCCCACGGAGCCCCGCCCCACACCAACAUCGACAUCUACUACCGCCAAGCGGCCGCCGCGGCCGCCAUGCAGAAGCCGCUGCCCUACAACCUGUACGCUGGCGUCCCAUCAGUCGGCGUGGGCGUUGGAGUGGGCGUGGGUCCGGCGCCAUUCUCGCACCUGUCCGCCUCCAGUUCGCUGUCCUCGCUGAGCAGCUACUAUCAGAGUGCCGCCGCAGCCGCCUCCUCCGCUGCGAAUCCGGGCGCACCGCAUCCGGUGGCGGCGCCACCUUCGCUGGGCGGCGCAUCUCCGCCCAGUGGGCUGGUGAAACCGAUUCCGGCCCAUUCCGCAUCCGCCUCGCCGCCACAGAGGCCGCCAUCGACGCCCAGUCCCACGCUGAAUCCGGGCAGUCCGCCGGGCCGCUCCGUCGACAGCUGUUCCCAGUCGGAUGACGAGGAUCAGAUCCAGGUGUGAGCGCCACGCCGGACUGCGGAGUGUGUGUGUGUGUGGGUGUGUGUGUGGAUGUGUGUGCUAUCAUCAGGCUUGGGCGGUGUCUCAGAAGUGCGAUUUUCCAGGGGAUACUUUACGAAUUUAGGUUACAUAUCACUCGUUUUGUAAAUCUGUCGUAUUGGAUGAUGUUAUUGUUUCGCAAAACAUACAAGUUGACAUGGCAUUUAGGUUAUUUAGGUGAAUCAGAAGUGGCAGCGAUCUGGCAGCAUAUCACACAUCCUUCUUAUGGUUCAAACUUUAGUACAAACGUAUUUUGUUUAAGUUUAACAAAAUUAUAUUUGGAGGCAUUUAUAAACUUACAAACUACCCAAAGGUCACAAAGAACAGCACAAAUGUGUUCAGUAUUGAAGAGCAAACAUUUGUCCAAGUUCAAUAUCCCCAAGAAUUCGCGUUUUUGAGCGCCGCUUGUGUGUGUGUGCGUGUGUGCCCGUGUGUGUAUAUAUUCAGCGUCGCUGUGUGUGUGCUUAAUUUAUUUGAUUUGCUCUUAGUAACUUAUUCGAAUUGUUUUUAGAGGUUUUUUUUUCAAUACACGAUAAUGAAGUAGUGUUAAGCAAAUAUUUAUUUAAAUGUUGUAAAAACUAGCAGCCAAAAAAGCAAAAUAAUUUUGUAUA